GCCGCGCCCCGCCCCGCCCGCCGCGCGCCCCGACGGGGUCCGGCCCGGGCGCGGGGCCGCGGCGCCCACCAUGGGCAAGUCCAACAGCAAGUUGAAGCCCGAAGUUGUGGAGGAGCUGACCAGGAAGACGUACUUCACGGAGAAGGAGGUGCAGCAGUGGUACAAAGGCUUCAUCAAGGACUGUCCGAGCGGGCAGCUGGACGCCGCGGGCUUCCAGAAGAUCUACAAGCAGUUCUUCCCCUUCGGGGACCCCACCAAGUUCGCCACCUUCGUGUUCAACGUCUUCGACGAGAACAAGGAUGGGCGGAUCGAAUUCUCCGAGUUCAUCCAGGCACUGUCGGUGACCUCGCGGGGGACACUGGACGAGAAGCUGCGGUGGGCCUUCAAGCUCUACGACCUGGACAACGACGGCUACAUCACGAGGAACGAGAUGCUGGACAUCGUGGAUGCCAUUUACCAGAUGGUGGGGAACACCGUGGAGCUCCCUGAGGAGGAAAACACCCCCGAGAAGAGGGUGGACCGGAUCUUCGCCAUGAUGGACAAGAACGCCGACGGGAAGCUGACGCUGCAGGAGUUCCAGGAAGGCUCCAAGGCCGACCCGUCCAUCGUGCAGGCCCUGUCGCUCUACGACGGGCUGGUAUAGGCCAGGGCACCUGCUGGGAUGCCCAGGACCUCUCACCUCCUCCCGUGCCAUGAGGCCACCGCAGCCCGCCACCACCCACCUCCGUUCCACCAGCCCGUCUUGGCACCGCCGCCCUGCGGGGGGACCCUGCGCCCCGCCCGCCCCGCCCCCCCGCUGCCUGAAACCGCGGGCCCAGUCGCCACCCCCGCGCGGAGAGCCAGGACGCCCGCCCGCCCGCCCCCCUACGCGUUUUCUUGUGUUUGAUUUCUAGCCCACCUGGGGGCCGCAUGCUCGCACACCCCACCCUCUGCUCCGGAGACCCCGGGCGGGCCGCGAGCGCGGGUGUGCGCUGUGGCUGCGCCCGUGGGGCCGUCGGGGACCAUCGGGGGGUGCUAGACCGUCAGGGGCCGUGGGGGGGGUGCUGGGAGCCGUGGGGCCGUCGGGGGGUGCCGGGACCGUGGGGGCCGUCGGGGGGGGGCUGACCCGGUUCCCGGGACCCCCGCGGCCUCCGCGGCUGGGAUGUGCGCGCGCGUGCGUGAGGCCGGGCCGCGUCCUUGGCGGGAGCGGACGCCCCUCUCCCCCCGCCCCCGCGAUGGUGUUUAUUUAUUGGGGGUCCCGUGUCGCUGUCCGGGACCCGACCCGUUUACGCCCGUGCCCCCGCCCUGGUUCCGGAGGCCACAAAGCCAAAUACUCUUUCUUUUAUUUCCAGAUACUGUGCUGGGCAUUCAGAGGGGGCGCAGCAGCGCCCCCUUCCCUGUCCCCCCGCGGCCCGAUGCCUCCUUUUGGGGCCCUUUUCUCCCUGCCCGAGACCCCCUGUCCCAAGUAGCUCUAGGCGGGAGCAGGGCCGGUGUGGGGGGCGCUCUUGGCUCUCGCUUUGGUGUGUGCCAGGGCCCGGGGGUGGCGAGGCGGGUACUGAGGGGACACAGGCCAGUCUGGGCCAGAACCGCUGUUCCCCCGCCUGGGGGCCCUGGAAAGGGGGUCUCUGCUCUCCCCACUAGGCUUCCCUGCCUCUGGCCCGCCAGGCCCCCAGUGCCCUCUACCCUUUUCCUCUACCCUUUUCGCUUGUGUGCCAGGAGGGAGCCCACCCCACCCUGUUGGAAGCUUCUGGCUCCCAGAGCCCCUUUAGGGCCAGGCCGCGAGGCCCCUGGGACCCGUGACCCCCGCCCUGGGUGGGGAAGGGUCUUGGGGGUUUCUGAAGGGUCUCUCUGAGCCCCUGCUGCUUGGGCCGUGUUCAGGGGCACAGCAGUGGGGGGCUGCCGGGUGGGGGUGGGGUCAGUGCGGCCCCUCCUUCCUGGGGGGCCUCCCAUCCCCUCCCCGGGCUCUGGCCUCUUUGGGGCCCCUCCGGAGGGGGCGCUUCGUGGGCCUGGGUCUCUGCCGGGUUCCCGGAGAGGCAUCCCCGCGGCCCGAUGCAUCCCCGCUCACAUCUGCUCAGCCCCCAGGCUCCUGGUGCCCCCCGGCCCCCGAGGCCCCCCGGGGCCCUUUUCUCCUGGGUAGUUUGAAGCUCGGGGUCCCCUUUCUGCUCCGCCGCCCGGGCAGGAGAGUGGGGGUCCCCGCACCCUCGGCUUCUCAGAUUGCGCCGGGCCUGGGAGGGGGGCUGGGACGGAGGGUGCCAACAGCGCCCCCAGGCACCCAGAGGUGCCCCCAGCCCGUCCCGAGGUUUGCACCCAGGCCUCAGGCACCCCCUGCCCCAUCCCUGGGCACCCCCGGCCCCCCGCACGGUUCCCCCCUCCAGGCCCGCCCCCAAGAUGCUGCUGUUUCCCGGGACGCGGGUCUCCGCAGCGCCCCGCCCCGCCCCGCCCGCGCACACGUCGGCCCCGCCCCCCGGAAACGCUUCGCAGCUCGACCACCGGCUCCCGGGUCCCAGGCGCCCCCGGGCCCGGGCCCGUUGCUUCUGGGCGCCGCCGUGGGAAGGGGCGGUCGGGGAGGCCGCGGGCUGAGCCGCCGCGGGGCGUGGGGCGCCCCCGGAGGGGGAGCGGCGGCCGGGGGUCCCCGGACGCCCCUUUUCAGAGACAGCCAGUUGUUCGGAGUCAGGGCGCCGCGACGGGAAGCCUGGCCCCCUCCCCUUUUUUUAUCUGCGGAAUAAACCCACUGGUUGAUUUUUGAAUGAAUAAAAGGCUUUUGUUGAAUAAACAGCUGUUCCUCUUCUGUCUCGGGCGGGGCGCAGCCCCCCGGCCCGCCCCGCAGCGACCCCCGGGAGGGGCCCGCGCCCCCAAGCCGCCCCGGGCUCCGGGCACGCUGCUCCUGCUCGCGCACGCGCCGGCCCCGCCCUCGGGGGGCUGCACUGUGGGGGUCUCGGGGCCGGGUGCAAGCCCGGACGGAAACGCUUCUGCUUGCCACGGGCCCCCCGCGGCCGCGCGCCCCGGCGGGUGGCAGGCCCCGCCGUGCUCCUGUACGUGCUCCCUGUCGCCAAUUAAACACGCUUCGGCCCAGGCCGCCCCCUGUGCA